ACAAGUAUGCCGUUUAUCGAGCUCGUUCAAAGAAACCGGUUUUCAAAACCGGUGUGCAGGCUGGAGCGUACCCCGGCGCGGGCGCGGCGAGGCGGAGCGAGGCGUGGAGGCCGGUCACUAGACGCCGUAACUCGAAAUAGCCGCUUUCGCUUGCGCUCUCACAGUUUAACGCGUUUUAAAUAUGGAAACGUUUAUAGAAGGUGUACGUUUGCAACCAUGUAUUUGGAACCCGUCUCAUCCCGAUUACCGUGAAACGCACAUCAAAGAUGAAGCUUGGCACCGAGUCAUCGAACAUUAUAACAACAGCUCCAUACCUAAUAUCCACGCUGCGAAGACCGAAUGGAAGAAGCUCCGCGACAACCACCGUGACGCUUUAAAAAGGGCGAAACUGGGAAGAAACAAGUUGCUGCCAGCUCACAUCACAACGUGGAAGUACGCGAAAGCGAUGCAAUUCCUCGAACCUCACAUGAAAUAUAGAAUAACAGAGAACAUUGAGAUGGAUCCACCGAUCGAAUCCACGCACAGCACCAAGAUGUUUGACCACGAUAUUACCACAUCCGAGAUGUCGGAGCCACCUCAAGUCGGCGUCGUCAGCAACCAGCCGCCGCCCAAACGCCGGUGUCCCGACCGCAACGAGUUUCGUCAGGACACCGACGCGCUGGAGUCCUUCUUCAAGUGCAUCCUCACAAGCACCAAAACUAUGCCCGACUGGAUGCAGACUCAAGUGAAAAAGAAAAUAUUCGCGGUGAUAAUAGAAGCGGAGGAGUACCUCUCGUCGCAGAGACCGUGCGUUACCAAAAACGAGCAGCCGGACAGUUUGCUCGUCGAGCACAAGAUAAAAACCGAAGUGUACACGGACGACAGCUGCGACAAUGAUUACUGAGUGUGAGGUCUAAACAUACUAGGCCGAAGUUACGCGGCGUAAAUUCCGCAUGACUACGCCCGCAAUGUAUUUUAAAUUACCGAUGACACACUAUUCCGUCGCGUCCCGUCCGUAUUUUGUAUGCGGUGACGUAAAUCAUGCGUAAUUUACGCCACGUAACUUCGGCCUAGUGUGUUUAGCCACAUGUUGUCACUUUCCACCGAGCUGUAGACUGUAGUAUACGACGUAUCGAUUAAUUCAAGAAGAGAGCGUAUUAGCUCUAACGCCGGCAAUGCACCUGUGACUUGUCCUCAUGCGCACGGGCACAUGAAUGAGCAUACGUUCCCUGGUGAAGCGUACAAAUUUACACUAAAAAAUGAGACUGAAUCAUAAAAGACGACGGACAAGGCUGAAAGAUUCUGUAUAUAAUAUUAUAAUAUGUAUUAACAUGUAGGUAUUACUAAUUAUUCUAAGUACUUUAGGUACUUGUUUGACUGUUCUGACUCCAAAAAAUAUAAGAUGUGAUCAAACUGGACUGGACAGACGGGAGGAGAGGGACUUGGGACAUGAUAAUUGUGACAUUUACUUUUAUAGUAAAACUUAGAAAGAACACCGUAGGCAAUUACAUAUAAAGAAUAGACCUCGUAUAAUUAUUUUAAUAAAUGAGGUCUAAAGCCAAAACAACUUGCACUGCAGUAAAUUAUCCGGAAAUCAUUUUGCGGCUUGUCUCUCGUGCACACUGUCUGUGUUGCUAGGAAAUAAGAUCUUAAAAAAACGUGCCCACUAUUGUCACUGGCUAUUUCAUAAUGAUAAACAAAUGUUGCAAAUACCAUAAUAUUA